AUGUUAUCGGACGGAGACGGAGCUGGCUUCGAGGCAUGGGUGGAAGGAAAAAAUAGUAAAAUAAGAUUAAAUGAGCAUCAGGUGCGACAUCAAGCAGGGAAUGACGGCGGACCUCCUUACACCGAGUGCUUCCUUGAGACCAAUGAUGAGCCUUUCCGCAUCAAAAUACAGAAAUCACCCUCGACUCACGGCCAAAGUGAUUACCGAUGUCGAGCUUAUGUAGACGGAACACUUCUGGGUCCAAGUGUAUGGCGGUCUGAAAAUGAAUCUAUGGGUUGGGAUCAUAUCUAUCAGAAAUCGGGAGGGGAACACUUCUCUGUUUCACUACAAUUCUCUCCUAUAUCUGAUGAGGUUACUCUUGAUUUGUCAAAAAUGAAAUCUAUCGGUAACAUAGAGCUUGUCCUUGAAAAAGGUGCUUUCAGGUUCAAAAGAAGAGGUAGAGAUUCGAUUACUGAUCUUGUAAACGGCACUGCUGAUGAGAAGAGCAAGAAAGGUACCAUACCAGAGAAGACUGAAGAGUCACAAGUCGAUUACUACACAUUUAUCCCAUCGAAACGGGACAAGCAUUUUUAUCGAUUCGUGUUCAAAUAUAGACCCAGAGUAGUACUUGUUCAAACGAGGAUCAUAGAUGAACCUGAAAUUGAGGAUUCGGCCACUGCUCCUAUGAUCCGUCCCAAGCGCAAAAGGUAUUCAGGGGUCAUUGAUAUGGUAGAUACGGACGAAGAAAAAGUGAAAGAAGAGGAAGAGGAAGAGGAAGAUACUAAACCGAAUAUCAAAGCUAAGCGAAUCAAAUAUCUCGAAGAUCAAGUCAGAUUACUCAGUUCUGAGAAUAAACAACUUCGAGAAGGUGGAAGUAGUAUCAGAGAUCCUGUUGAUCUCACUUUUGACGAAGAUGACUGA